UUUGUUGCGAUACAAAUUUGACAGUCUCAUUCAAGGCCUUGACAGCAGCAGAAGGGCAUUUGAGAGAAAGGAACUAACAUAGUCUAAAAAAGUACAUAGACAAAGCUGUUGAGAAAAAAAAAAUAUUUGAAGAAUAUGGCAGGAUCAAGUGGGCGUUACGUGAAAUCUAAAGGUUCAAAUCCAUUUUUUGACGAAGAAGACGAUGUGGACGAUGAAGAAUUCUUGAAACGAGCUCCCAACAAGCGCAACAACUUUGGAGGAAAAUUAGCCAACAGUUUGUCAGGCGGAAGUAACAGUUUCCAGCCACUGGACGGUGGAGAAAAUCAGAAUAGUGCCGAAGAACGUAGACGACAACUUCUUUUGGAAAAGCAGAAAAUCGAAGAAAGAACUUUACAGGCAUCAGGUCGUGCCAAAGGAGUAUUGUACGAAACUGAGCAAAUUGGAAUUUCCACCGCAGAGGAUUUGGUCAGGCAGCGGGAACAGCUGGAGAGAGCUGGAAAUCGACUGGAUGAGAUGAAUAAUUCAUUGAGGACAUCAGAGAGGCACAUUCAGAAUAUCAAGAGUGUGUUUAGCAGUAUGAAAAACUAUUUCUCAAAGCCUUCAGAGCCCACUAAGAACUCUUCUGAAGGUUCUUUGUUAAAAAGUGGUUCCAGUAGCAGCAGCAGCAAUCUAUCUAAAGUGUUGGAGCAAAGCUCGUCCCAAUUUGACAGAGAUUCACCAUCGCAGCAACAACAUCCAGCAUUGAGGAUUAAGGGACUGGAAAAUGACUUUAGUCACAAACCUCUGUCGAAUGUGGACGAACAGCUGGAACAAGAUCUGGGUGACAUGAGCUUGUCUCUGUCUCGUCUCAAAGGACUAGCCCAAGGAUUGUCAACUGAGCUGGACGAUCAAAACGUUUUGAUUGAUCGAUUGCAGACCGGUGCUGACAAGGCCGACUGGAGAAUCCAGCGCCAAAACAAGGACAUGGAACGUCUUUUGAAGAAAUGACAUCUUUGCUAUGUUGUUUAUGUGAUAAAAAAAAAUUGGGAAACGUUUUAAAUAAUAAUUUUCUGUUUCUUUCUUGCGCACCGCACGAAUAAAUUGCAGCACACACCCCCA